GGUAAGGUCACACAUCACGCUCUAAAAACUACAAAACACGACUAAACGAUCUCUACAGUAAAAAUGUCGCUUAUGCCUGCAGAAAUCUUCUCGGAAAUCUAUGCUUUCUUGAAAACAACAGUCAAAUCAUCCGAAGUUCCCGUUAAAAGUAUUAUCAUUUCUCUGCUUGUUUACGCUGUAAAGGAAUUUUUCAAGGAAGCCAUAUUCUCGUGUCCAGCGAAGGGCCAUAACUUGUACGGCAACCUAUUCCUCUAUGGUCCUGCCGCCAUUUUAUUUUGCUUUUCGUUGCUCGUCUCCGAGUCAUUUUGGCAUGCAACUACAAGCACGUGUAGUGGUCGAAGACUUGUUUGGUGGAAGUCAAGAAAGUACAUUUAUCUCGCUAUACUUCCACCCAUAAUAUGGCUUAUUGUCGCCUUCGCAGACGGUCAAUAUUUUGUCUGUUCUGAGCUUGGCCCUCUAUCCACAGCCUUGGCGGCUGCAAACACUUCACAGGCGGUCACACAUGUGCAUGAGACUUUUGCUAAUGCAAGAACCACAUCGCAAAUAGUAGCAUGGGGAUUACUUCUUUGUGUGAUGUUCAUCGCAACGAUAGUGCUGACUGUGGAUAGGUGUAUCGCGAAAGCCAGCGAGAAAGUGUUAAGGAGAAGCGACUUUAAUGAGCUUGAAGCAGAAGCAGCUGUGAGGAUUUUUAACGAGCGAUUAAAACCUGAAGCAGAGAAGCAAGCAAAGGAAGUUGUCGAAGAGUUUUUUGAGCGUUAUAAAAACCAAAGCACAGAGGAGCAGGUUAGAAUGGGGGAGGAGUUCCUAAGUAAAAUGUACCCACAGUAUGGAAGCUUACAAUUCAAGAUGGGAAUGAAAGAAACAAGAGGGAAGAAGAAGGCUGAUGAUUCUGUCCAGCUCAUUGAAAGCGGACCGCAUCAAAAAUAUACCUCGAUAAACUGACAAUAAAAUCGAGGGUAGCAUAUUAACCAAAUACACAGCUUUCUUACAUAUGGCCCUCGUAAGCAUUGUAAGCACUGUCACUGGGGGUGGUCACUGCCAGAGGGUUUAUUGCGUACCCAGUGGUUCUUUUACAUCCCUUCGGUUCAGGUUAGUGUUGUGCAGCUUGAAGAGACGGGACCUCCAGUUU